AUGUCUUCGUCUCCGAUGCCGAAGAAGAAAAGAUGGCCCUUAGGGUCUUUUCUGAUUUCAUGGUGGAAGGUGCACCAUUUCGCCACAUGCAAGUUUGGGUUUUGCCCUUCAACUCGCCUAAGCACAACCUCUUUUUCGUCAAAGUCAGCUUGCGCUUCCCCUAGGAUCCAGAGAGAGGCUUUGGUGAGCUUGGGGAGCUCGUCCAUCCUUACAACUGCGAGUGUUGCUCCUUCCCAUGUUUUUAAGGUUAGUACCUUGGUUUUUAGUCAUUCCAACGUCAGGUCAUCGUUGCAGGUUACUCUAAUAAUUUCACCAGAGUGCGACCAAGACCUGAAUGUGGAUGGCUUGGUUUUGAUGCAGGAGGCGGACAAGAUUGGUUUGUCCAGCUCUCUCAUCAGUGUCUUUUUGACAAGGAUUUCUCUUUCGGUAGUUAUCUUACCAUAA